UCCCAAUUAUUGGUUUCCUUUUUUGGUACCCGGCUACCGUCGAUUGCGAUGGAGCGACGUUUAAACUAUCAAAAAUGGCAUCAAUUCUAGAAUUAGUGCUUCAGGAAAAGAUCUCGCCAACGGAUUUGGUCUCGUGGCUCUCCGAUUUAAGUGGUGGUGUAGAAUCAUCAUGUCUCAAAGACCUAAGCAAUUUGAAGCAGGAAUUCAUUCCAUUUUUCUUGAAUUACUUGAGGGACCACACCAUACAUUUGAUACAAAGCUCUGCAUGUGCUACACCAUCCCCAGCAAAAACACCUUCUCUAAAGAAAUUGCAAAAAUCUAUGAAGCAUACGAAAGGCAGUGCCAGUAAGCGACAACAGUUAUUUGGUGCUAGUCCAGCUGGGGAUGCAGAUGAGCUCAAUAUCCUUCCGACGUCCGUGUUUUCACCAAACAAUUCAAUAGACUCUCCUGGCUUUGCCAAUAUAAAUCAGAAAGGGGAUCGCAGUCAUGGGAAGCAGUUUCGAGGUCAGAACUGUUCUCAGAAAGCUUCGCCUCAGUGCGGAAGUGGUCGAAGCAGUCACAACCAACAGACCCCUGAAUCAAGGUCCAAACAGAAAAUCAGUUUGGGAGAAUUUAUGGUGACCCCUGAACAGGGCAACAGUUCCACAAUCUGGAGGAAGAAAUCUCCACAUUCAGCUGGUCAUAAAAAAGAGUUCAGUCUUGAAGCUAUGCCUUCGCCAGCUGGGAAUAGCGGACGAAGAUCUGGCGGAAAGAAGCGGCACAGCUUCAGUCCCCUUGUGCAGUCUAGUCACCAACCUAAUGUGAGUCAAGCACCUGUCUUCUGUUUGAAUAAUUCCAAUGACUUUCCACCAAUGGGAGGUAGCGGAAAUAAAACAUCAAAUAAUAGGCGUUCUUUAGAUUCAAAUAUUCCACCAGCAUUAACCAACAACUGUGAUAAUUUACGAGCAACUAGGGUGAUAAACUUCUCAAAUAAUUAUAACAGCAAUGGUGAAGUUAUGGCUAUUGGGAAAUUUGCAAGAGACAGACUACAAGAGAUAAGAAGGACUUCUCCUGUGACAGUUCAGUCAAAUUCUGGAACAAGGAGGAUAACACCUACCCAAGUGAAGGGAGACAACUUUGUUCAACAGAAUUCUGCCUUUCUUGUACCAAUUGAUGAGAAUGAAAAGCCUUUGGUUAUAGCUUUUAAAGUUGAAAAGAAUCAAGUAACCGAUACCCUACACGAGGAACGAGAACUUUUAAAGAAAGAGCGUGAGCGAUGCCACAGCCAGGCCUCCGAAUCCAGCCAGACGUCAGCGCCCACCCCGACCAAGAGCCUGCUGGAGCACAGUGCCAGUGUGUGUGAGAUCACAGAGGCUCGACUGGCAGAGGUCACCCAGCAAGACCGACUAGACAUGCUGGUCAGUCUCUACUCAAAAUGCUUGGAAGGUAACUUGUUCCCCAAUGUUGUUGUGGAGCUGUACUUUCUUGUGCAGUUGUUGACUGCGCGAGGUGGAGAGGUGGAGCAGAGAUAUUUAUAUGGCAAUGACCUGAUAGAAGAGAACUAUCUGGCUACAGUUCACAACACUGUGUACUUUGCAGUGGCAUGUUUGGAUUAUCAUAAAAGGUUGCUAAGCAUGUUGGACAGGUGCACUCUGCGGUUGCUAUUGGAGAAUCCUCGUGUACUGACAUUCUCUGCACUCCUACACGCCUACCUAGAACAGUGCUAUGAGCGGGCUGAAACCAGGAAAGGCCCACUGUUCCCCAAGUCUCCAAUUGGAAGUGUGUCCUUCCAGGCAGACACUGAUAACAGGAAGAACUUCCCUUCAGACAAGUCCUUCCAUUUGUUCAGGAGGCAGAGAGAUGGUUUCUAUGAGCUGCUGCGUGAAUGGGAAGCCAGUAGAAUGAACGGGAGCUACAACAUGUCAGAGAUGUUUGGUGGAAGGGUUAGGACUCUUGUUGGUGGAAAAACGGAGCUCGCAAACUUGAUCCACUUUGCCAGAUUGUUCCAGUCUCAGCUCAUAGCAAUGUGCAAGGGAGACGGCAGUAUUGGAUCCUCUGAGGACGAUGAAAGUAUUGCCCUGCUCAGUCAGCUGAAGAGAACCAACCCAGAGAAAUUCAAAAGGUUACAAGAGAGGUUCAUCAAGCCGUUGAGCGUAGGAGGCCCUUGUCCGAAUCCGUCCUUUCCAGGGAUGCAGGAGUUCUUUCGCGACUUCAUCAUAGUGGCGUGUAACCCACUACUGAACCAGCACUUGUGUGAUACAUUUACUGCUAAGGUUUCUGAGCUUAACGAGACCACAUUUGCCAUGCAUGAUGAUGAAGAUGCAGCCACUGGGAAUGGCGAUGAGGAGGAGCAGGACAUGUUCAGUUCAGCGCUGUUGAGUGUUCGACUGGUCAGCAAGUUUCUGGGCUUUGUGACGUUCCUACCCUACCAGUCACCUGAGAGAAUACCAGACAGUAUGGAGGCCACAUAUAUCGCUAUUAGAAACAAGCAUGUGCCAGCCCUUAACCUUCAACAGUGCCUGGUGAGUGCCUUUUCCAGUGGAACGUUGACCCUCACUGUGCCCUGGGUGGUGGAGUACCUGUCAAUGAUGGACCCCCUGGCCCCACGCCUUGAUGUCUUCCACUCCGUGCUGCUGCUUCUGCUGGGCAUUCAUAGGUACAUGUGGACCCAACUGCAGGAUGAGAUGUCAUUUGGUAACCUUCUGGUCACAGCUCUCAUCAGCUGGCUACUGGAGAACCCAGUUAUUCCUGAUGGAUUGUUCUUCUCAGAAGUGCCAGAUGACGUGUCUGUGGUGCUGAAAAACUCGAUGCCUUCAUUGGCAUCAUUGGAUAACAGGAACUUUGUAGACCAGGCCGUCUUUUAUAUUUGCUGUCCAUACAUUGGUGAGCUGAAGACACUGCUGGUAGAUUUCUCCGUGGGCAGUAACAGCAAGGCUUCCACUGUGAGGAAGAUCACGCCCAUCUCUGCUGACAUUCCUGUGCAGAAGUCUCUAACUGAUAGGCAGCUACAGCUGCAACUGGAGGAGAAUUUCUUCCACAACCAUCCAGCCUCCAUGAAGCGUGUGGUUGACUUCGUAGCGGACCGCACAGCGUCAAACUUCAUCAAGAAGUUCCGUUCCGGUCUGCUCCAGGAGUCUAUAACGGGUGGUAAAGAACGUGUGCUGGACCAGGUGCUCUCCAACCCAGAAGGAUCUCCCAGUGCCAAGAUGAAGGACCGCAUAUCCCUGGUUGCACUUAAAGUAGCUCAGGAGCUGUCCACCAAUGUCAAGAACGACCUUGUUAGGGAUGCACCUGUGUAUUGCCACUGUAAAGUCCCUCCACUGAUUGCCUUGCUGUUGCCUGACGACCAGCUGGAAUCUGUGGUUGCCAUAGCAGCCAGCAUCUCUGAACAACUGGCGGGGGAGAAGAUAUCCAUGUGGAUAAACAAGCAUGUCACCACUGGGAUGUACCAGUCAGAAAUAAUGCCCGAUAUUGAUAAAGUGACCAAGACGUUAAUGUCUGCAUGCAAUGAGGCAAACAGUCCACUUGAACAGGGUGAAAAGUCAUCUGCAAGCAAGGACAGCCAAUUAAAGUCUGGCACAGUUGUUUCUGCCAUGCUACAUGACGACACCUUACGGCAUCCUUCAGAGGUGUUGAUAGAUUUUAAGGACUUUCUAAAACAAAUAUACAUGGGUGGUAGACAAAUCAGCGACAGUCUCGUACAGAAGCUGCUAUCUGAGACAAAACUGACAUUGAAUGGUCGUCAAGAUGUCCUUCCAUCAGUUCACAAGUCGUUUGUUCAGCUGACUUUGGAGCUGGUUCUUAGCUUGUUGGUGCAGGGUAGCCCCCUGUACACGCCCAGCCUGAUGGAGGAGACCUGUGGCUUGUGGCAGACUGUCCUACAUGACGUCCCCACCCUGGGACACAUCUUCUCUGGGAGGGUCGUGUACCUUGUGCACAAUGCCCAUGACAGACAGGUAGCAUGGGUCCAGUACACCGACCUGCUGUCAAUGAUGUUCAAGGCAGGUCUGAUACAACAGCAGCAGUUCACUGAGAGUGGGGGCAAGUUUAUACCUCAUAUCCAGGAUAAAGAUCUCAUAGUGAGACUGGUGCACUGCAUGUGUAAGCUAGCUGAGGGGACUGGAGAGGAGGAGAAAGCUGAUGUUCUGGGUACCUGUCUGCAGCUCCUGUACAACCAGUUACCUAGCAACACCUGCCAGGAGGCCCAACUGAUUCUGGACACUCUGGGUGUUGCCAUUAACAACAAUCAGCCGUUUGAAAGAUGGAUUGAGGUCAAGAAAGAGGACUAGAAGAAAUGUAUAUAUGUUUGUACAUGUUUGUGUGAUUGCUGCAUUCUUCAAAAAUGAUUCGUAUGAUUUCAUUACAUUCAAAACUAUUAUUAAGUUCACGCCGAAACAGGUUUCAUCUUCAGAUGCAAAGCAUUGUAUAUACUUGUUGGAUAACAAAAACAGAACCUCUCUAAACAGUUGUCUGCUAUGACAUAUUUUGUGCAAGAGGCUGAUUUUACUGUAAAAUUGAUGAAUAAAGCCUUAUUAAAAUAAUCUAUGGAACAAUUACUCAAUAAAACUGUGAGAUGGAUUGAUUUUGAUUUAGUAGCCCCAUACAAGUGGAAAAUUUGCCUUCGCAUUUAUAGUGAUGUAACUGUUUAAUGCACAAAAGAAUGUGUAAUGAUUUUGUUAUUAGCCGGAUUUUUUUCGAAAA